GACGUGGUUCCCCGUGCUGCUGGAGCUGAUUGUGCUCAUGGUGGACCGGGCAUUUCAUGGCCGUUUGAGUACGAUGAUGCCACCUUGGACCUUUCUGGCCGUUGGGGUGUACUUCGGCUUGGGGAUGUUGCUGGUGGUCUUUGUGAACCUCUACGGUAUGGCAUUGACCCUGGACCUCCAGCCCAUCUCACAGGAAACCGGCCUCGUGUAUGUGAUGGUGCAGAAAGACGUCCCUUGUGGUCCAUACAAUAGCAACUGGCAGCUCGGCUCUGUUGCGAUGGCACUGGGGCAGCAUGUACUGUUUGUGUACCUCGUUCACACGUACCUCUACGUCGCCGGCUUCUUGCUGUUCCAGGCGCUGCUGCUGGGAUGA